AUGGGACAAAUGAGCAUGCUGACCCCGCGCGGUUGGAUAUGUAUAUUGUUUCUUGCAGGUCAAUAUACUGUUCAGAGUGAUAAGUUUGGAAGUCGUCUAUUUCUCAACCAAGAAAUUGAUGAGAUUAAUGAACUUCGCAAGAGUCUUUUAGUGAAACAAUUUGAAGCUGGUGCUUCUUCUUCUCAAACCAUUCUUUCAUCUCAGAGUGUGUUUCCAGUCCAUCAAGAAUUUCUAAUUGAGACUCCUAAGAGACAUGUUGAUGAAAUUAUUGAGAUUGAUACUGGAAUGUCAUGUGUGGUAGUUGCAACGAUUAAAAUUGUUCAACAACACUAUGGAUGGUUUUAUCCGGCAUGUCGAGACUGUAACAAGAAGGUGUUGACCAAAAUUGAGUACUUACAAUAUGCUAAAACCAUUUCUGAUGAGGUCAUGAAUCUGUCACCUGCUUCAUUGGUUUGUCCGAAAUGCGAUAAAGAAUGCACAUCGAUAACCAUAAAGUUCAAAGUACAUCUGAGAGUGCAAGAUGAAACUGGCAGCGUUUCUUUUGGGAUGUUUGAUAAAGAUGUAAUGAAGCUUAUUGGUUCAACUACGAAUGAUAUAAGGGAACGCCAAGUGAAGCUUGAUGAUACUGAAACUUUUCCCCAUGAAAUAUCACGGUUGGUUGAAAAGAAGUUGGCGUUUAAAAUUGAAAUUUCUGAUUACAACCUUAACCAUGACUACCACGUCUACAUUAUCCAAAAAGUAUGUGAUGAUCCGGACAUAAUUGCUAAAUUGGUUGGUGGUGAUGGAAAUGCUCUUGAGGUUGCUGAUGAGGUGUUUAGUCAAGAAGGUUCAGAAAUUAAAGUUGUUCAAUUAUCUGAAUCCUCACAGAUGGCCGGUGCUGAUAUUUCAAAGGAUGUUGUAUCUGUUAUGGCCGACUCUUCCGUUGUCGAAGCUGAGAAGGAUUCGGCCACCAGUCCUAAUGGUAAACGUUCGUUGCAGGAUGUGGAAGGUCAAAAUGUUGGGGAACUCUCUUCUAACAACAAAAGGAGCCGGAGGAAGCCAUCUAGGCUUAACACUUAG